AUGCAAGUGACAGAUAUUGGGAAUAAGGAAGCUGGGAAAAUCUGGCAUCGAACAGCAAUACCUCGAAAAGGGCCGAUAGUGACAGUGAUUCGCACUGCACAACAAGGCAAGACUGUGCGCUUUCUCCAUGUUGCCUUUGACACCACAGGAGAGUCCUUCAUUGCUGGCGACCAUCAUGGAAACAUCUAUCUGUUUGACAUAUCCAGAAACAGAUUUCGACUGGUGCAGAAAACCGGGCAAGCCUGCACUGCUCUGGCAUUUACACUUCGCCGAACAUCAGAGUUCCUUGUGGCUUUAGCAGAUUACACUAUCAAAUGUUUUGAUAAAGACACAAAGCAGCUAGUUAGUUGGAUGCGUGGCCAUGAGGGAGCAGUUUCAUCCAUGUCUGUUCACAGUUCGGGCAGAUAUGCCAUCACUACCUCCUCAGACACUGCUCAGAUUUGGGACCUGGACACUUUUCAAAGAAAAAGAAAGCUCAAUAUUCAACAGUCUGUUGGCAUACAAAGGGUGUUUUUCCUUCCACAUAGUAACACUAUACUCAGCUGCUUCAGUGAUAACUCCAUCUUUGCUUGGGAAAGUGAUACAAUGUUCUGCAAGUACCAAUUGCCUGUCCCAGAUUGUGGACCUCAGAUCUCAUACAAGGCCUUUGCUGUCACAAGAGAUGGGAAGAACCUUGUAUCUGGCGGCCGCUGCAAUCUGCUGCAUCUUUGGUGUUUGGAAAAUAAAGAGCUCAUCAGAGUGAUUCAAAUGCCUUCACAAGUCAGAACAAUCAGACAGCUUGAGUUCAUACCUGACCCUUUUGACAGUGGAGACAACCAGACUCUGGGUAUUCUUAGCCAGGAUGGCAUAUUGCGCUUCAUCAACAUCCACACAUGCAAACUUCUGUUUCAAAUUGGCUCACCUGACCAUGCCCUAACUGCAGUCCACGUUUGCCCCAAUGGAAAACAUCUUGUUGCCAUCAUGGACAGUGGUGGCAUCAAUAUCUAUAGUUUACAGAGUCUGAAAGAAGAAUUAAAUCAGACUCCUAAUUCCCAGGUUGUUUUGGUCAAAGACAAGUUGUUUGACCAGUCUGUGCCAAAAGUUAAAGUCAAGUUGGGAACAGUGCAAAAACCAGCUGCAUCUUCAGGUGUACGACGAACACAAGGAAAAAUCCUAAGAUCUACAGGUGCAUCAGAUGAUAAGGAGAAUGAAUUGCCUGCUGGUUUAAACAGGAAGAGAUUAGUUGCUCUAUUAAAAGCAUUUGGAGAGUAUCCUGCUAAAUAUAGGAUGUUUGUGUGGCGUUCUUUGCUGUUUCUGCCAGAAAACUCUGCAGCGUACAGCAGUCUGUCUGACAAAGGCCCUCACUUGGCAUACCUCUCUCUGCAUGACAAAUAUCCCAUCAAAAGCCAGAAACUUCAGAAGGGACUGCAAAGAGUUUUGUCUGCCAUGGCUCACUGGGCAGCCAUUUUUGGAGAGGUUGAGUAUCUCCCUCUUGUGGUCUUUCCUUUUGUAAAGCUCUUUCAGAACAAUCCUUUGCUCUGCUUCGAGGUGGUCGCCACGGUUAUAAUAAACUGGUGUCAGCACUGGUUUGAAUACUUCCCCAAUCCUCCUCUUAAUAUUUUGAGCAUGGUAGAAAAUGUUUUGGCCCAUCAUGACAAAGAACUCCUGCAGCACUUGGUGGACUGUGGCGUCACCUCUCAGCUGUAUGUUUGGCCCUUGCUGGAAACCCUGUUCUCUGAGGUCCUCACUCGAGAUGAGUGGCUUCGACUUUUUGACAACGUUUUCACCAAUCAUCCAUCAUUCCUGCUUAUGACCUGUGUUGCUUAUAUCACAUGCAGCCGAGAGCCUCUAUUACAAUGUUCACAAAAACAAGACUUUGAGUAUUUCUUUCAUCAUCGGAACAACUUGGACGCGGGAGUCAUGAUAAAGAAAGCGUAUCGUUUGAUGAGUACCACCCCAGUAGACAUUCAUCCAAAGACUAUGCUUUCUGAAUUCACUCCACUCACAAAGGGACAGUACCCAGUCUUCAAUCAGUACCCAGAAUUCAUAGUUGAAUACCAGAGCCGUGAAAGGGAGAAGAUACGACUGGAAGAGAUGGAGUAUUUGCGUGAGAGGCAGGAGUUGUCCACCAUGCAUGCAGAACUUGUUCGUCGAGAAGCUGAACAAGAGACUUACUACGCGCAACAGGAGCUGCUACAGAAGGCUGAAGCAGAGCGCAGAAAAACACUUUCACAAGAGGAAGAAAAGCUGACACGGCAGAGGGAACGUUUGGCCGCCAUGAAGAGGGAGCUGAAAGUGAAAGAACUGCAACUUCUCGAUGCAUCCAGGAGACGAUUUCUUAAACACCAACAGGAAAAAAAGGCUUCGCAAAUUGAAAAACUGGACCAGGAGAUCUCUAGAAAGAUGGAUCUUCGGGAUAAGGAAACGAACACAGCCAUUCAAGACCUGGAAGUGAGACAGAUGGAGCUGGAGGCGCAGAGGAGACGACUUGAAGAGUGCUUGUUGAAAGAGCAGGAGGAAACUGAUAGAAGAGUUGGCACUGAAGUGGAAAUGAGAUUGAGACAAGCAGAGAAUGACACUCUUCUACAGCGACUCUAUAAACCAAACCAAAACAUUCAGGAUCCAGAGACCUCCCUGGCAGAGGCGUGCCAGCAGCAUUUGGACUUGUGCUGGGAGCGCGAGGUAGUGGAGCGGUUAGAGAAUGUGGAGCAGGACUCAAACAGAGAGAGACUGUCCCAGAUGCUCUGGCAAACGGAGACCGAGGAGCAGAGACUGACUGACACUGUGAGAGCAGCAGCAGGAAAGACGUGGGAAGACGUCAUGAACGCCCAAGUCGAGUUUGCACAUCUGCAUAACCGCAUGUCCCCAGGAAAAAGAGGUGGCGUGAGACAAAGAUCCUCUCCAUCCUCUCACAGACUCCCUCACUCUUCAAAUGGCACGACUGAGGCUGCCGUGCCCAGUACUAGUGCAGCUUUCACGACUGGCCACAGAACGGCAGCUUCAGCGCAGGAACAGGGAACGACCAGGGUUUGUCUGAACAGCAGCUCGCCCUCAGAGAGCACCUCCACCAGCUUCUCGCUGGACCGUGGUCGGGCUCAGCUGGAUGACGGGGAGCGAGUGCUGCUAAAGGAAAUCCGGGAAUUGAGGCAAAAACUUGCAGCUCGAGGCAAAGAAGGAAGUUCUGUGUCUUCUCAGUCCAUCCACACUCUGCCUUCCCCCGUUUCUCAAUGA